AUGAAUAAAUGUAACCGUUCUUCUGGACAAAAGACAUUAUUUCAAACGUGGAAUAAGCAAACAAAAAAGCCAGAAAAACAAAAUUCCACAAGUCUUUUCGAAACAUGGGGCACAAGCACAACAAGUACGUCUGCGGCACAUCAGGAGAAACGCGAGGAUAGAGAAAGUUUAGAAGAUCUUAUUACCAUUGGUGGUGAUGAUGAUGAUGAAUUACUUGCUGCCGUUGAUCAAAUGGAAGAAUGUGAGAAUGCUAAAAAUAAUCAUGACGUUUGUAACCUUUCCUUUUCUGCUGGUACGAAUGAUGAUGGAUGUGACGUCAUCCCAGGUUUUGACUGUAGUGCUGGAAAUUCUUGGAUUUAUCCAACGAACUACCCAGUACGAGACUAUCAAUUUAAUAUCGUCCAAAAAGCUUUGUUUCACAACACUCUGGUCACUUUACCGACUGGUCUUGGAAAAACGUUCAUCGCAGCUGUCGUGAUGUAUAAUUUCUACAGGUGGUAUCCUCAAGGGAAGAUUAUAUUCAUGGCGCCAACUAAACCACUUGUUGCACAACAGAUUGAUGCUUGUUAUAACAUCAUGGGUAUACCACGACAAGAUACAGCUGAAAUGACUGGUUAAUAUUUGAUUCAUUUAUUAUUAUUGAAAUAUUUUUUCGUGGUAUUAGAGCUAGUCUAGAGUUGGUUGUUUUUGUGUGAAUAAGCUUUGACCUUUGCCCCUUUUAGCUAUGACCAAUAAUAUUUAACCCAUUAAGUUGCAAUUGUGCCCUAAAUUUAUUAUUUUCUUUGUCUAUUGCCAAACGAUUUUACUUGUUAAGAGGAGAGUGCUCGUAAAGGUUAAUAAGCCCUAAUGUGCCCCACUUUAUUAUUUUACUCUGUCUAAUGCCAGAUGAUUUUCGUGUCCAGAUAGUUAAUUGCCAUUUCACACAUAUAAAACUUGAAUAGAAAUACCCUCCUUAUAAAAAGAUUAAUUCAGGUUUUAGUUAAACCUGCAUCACAUUUAAUAUCUUAUUACAAGGUAACAUGGCCCCAACAAAGCGAGAAAAUGCGUGGAAAGAAAAAAGAGUAUUUUUUCUCACACCACAAGUAUUUCAGAAUGAUUUAAGCCGAGGAUCUUGCCGUGCUGAUGACGUUGUUUGUCUUGUGUUUGAUGAGGCUCACAAGGCACUUGGAAACCAUUCAUAUUGCCAGGUUUGUGGUUUUUUAAAAAGUUGGCAUAAAAGGUCUGUUGAGGGUCAUAAAUUCCUUUAAAUUAUUCCAGCAUUGUUACAUGAGGAAACUAGAAUACUGAGAAUAUACCUGCAGUGCUUGGUAUGGUCAAACUAGAGACACUUUUCUCAUCUGAAAUUAUAAUUAGGUUAUCAUGGUCGAUUGUACAUUCCAAGUGUGAACAGCAAGAUGGGUAUACCAAGUUUUAAUAUUUUUAGCUGGUUAGGGUAACCUAUAACCAUAGCAAAUUUUUGUUUUAGCAAUUCCCAGGAUAUACAUGAUUUAUAAUACAUUUCACACUAUAAAAUGUCUUAUUCCCAUUAUAUUUUUGGGGCUUGGAUCACUAACUUUUGCAUGUGCACUAACUUUUUGGAUCAAGUCACCAACACAUGUACAACUGAAGUUUUCACCUGUGAUUGAUAUAUGACCUACUUUCAGGUUGUACGAGAAGUGUUGGGUUACACCCAGAAUUUUCGAGUUUUAGCUUUAAGUGCCACUCCUGGUGAUGGAAUUAAGGUAUGCUUUUCCACAUUCCAACUAUAUAUCUACUAGAUAUAUCUAUACAAAUCCCUUUGAUAUUUGUCCACCAAAUAUAGCUAUUUCCAUCAUUCAUUGUCUUUUUCAGGCAGUACAACAAGUGAUCUCAAACUUGCUUGUGUCCAACAUUGAGCUAAGGUCUGAAGACUCGGUUGACAUCAAGCCAUACACACAUCAAAGACAAGUGGAGAAAAUUGUCAUCAAACUGGGAGAUGAACUCGAAUUCUUUAAGACAAAAUUUCUCAGAGUAAGAAUGCUCAGGAAGUUUUUAAUUUUAAUCAGUCAGUCAAUGUUUCAAAAUUGAUAAUCUGUCAUAUGAUAAAAUAAUGAUUUUCAGGUGCUGACUGUUGUGGUAAGUCGACUGUUCGGUUACCAGGCGUUGUGGACGCGAGAUGCCGCGAGGGUGAAUAAAUGUAUGUUGCUUGCAGCUAGAGAACAAUUUAGAAAGAAAUGUGCUGCUGGCCAACAGGUAAUGACUAAUGUGCAGCAAUUAUACAUAUUCUUGGAAUCAAAACGUCAGUGCAUUUUUUAAGGAUUCUUCAGUGGUGGGGCAAAACUGCCAAAGGGCCCAUUUUCCUUGGCAUCCCCCCCCCCCAGGUGACCGCAGGCUUGAGUUUAUAGCUAGGAGAGUCUGGGGGCAUGUCCCCCAAAUAAAUUUUUAAAAUUUAGGUCUUUGAAAUAGCAUUUCCUGCAUUCUUAGAACACAUUUAAAAAAAAAUCUCAGCUUCUUAAAACAAAGUUUUAAUGGUGAAAUUUCACCAACAAAUUUUGUUUUUUAAACUUUUCAAUGUUAAAAUAGGCCCCUGGCUUUGGGGCACUAGGCCAUUUUUUCUUCAGUGGUGGGGCAGAGGAGGGGGCCCAGUGGGGCAAAUGCCCCACCAGUCUAUGGUAUUAAAAGAUGCCUUGAAAAACGUGGGACUCAGUUUAAAUAAUAGAGGUUCAGAUUUGACUACCAGUAUCUCUCACUGGCUUACUACGCAUCUGAUUGGUUAAUAGAAUAUAUCAAAUGCAUUUUGAUUGGUUAAUGGUCUCUUUGUGGUCGGUAGUGGAAGUCAAAUCUAAACCUGUCUAUUAACCAGUUAUUUAAGAAUGCAUUAUUAACAUAGCCAGAUUUUGAGGGGACUAGGUACGCACCUUCCCUGAAAUCGUUUUGCACCUCCCCUGAGAAUUUUUGCACCUCCCCUGAGAAUUUUUGCACCUCUCCUGAAAAGUCAUGCACCUCCCCUUGGGAAAGCUUCAAUGAUUGAUCAAAGUGCAAAUUUGACAUUUUUUGGUUGUUUAGCCUUCGUAAGAACGUUUUUCUGUAAAAUUGAAACCGUGAUAGCUAUUCAUCUCUGUGUCAAGUACCCCUUCAAUUCAAUGUUUUGAAAGAAACUUUGACUUUGUAGUAAUUGUAAUGAAGGGCAAAAUUGGAUGAGUUGUACAGUCAUAAUUCAAUAAUCAUCGCGUCAUUGACUUUGGCCCGUUCUAAGCCCUAAGUUUCCAUGGGGAUCGAAGACUGCUGCAUCUCCCCUAAAUUUUUUUCCAUCUCCCCCACUAUUUCCACCAAAAUCCGGCCCGGCCCUUGAUUAUAAAUCCUGUACAUAAAUUAUUUGCAAAAUUUUCCUUGCAGCCUCGACAUCAAAUAGGUCCUAUUGAAGGUGACUUUGCCGUGGCAUUAAGCUUGUACCACGGUUAUGAUCUUCUCAUGCAACAUGGCUUGUUACCCUUUUAUAAUUUCAUUAAAGGUCAGUUGAACAUGUGUUUUUACGGCUUUCUUGUGUAACUAAACAUAAGCUGUCGUAGUUUGUCUGAAGUACCUGAAAAAUGUAUCCAUGCAGUGGUUGUUCAGUCUAGGUAUAGCAUUUUAUACUAAGCUGCCGACAGGCACAAUUGUGUCUGAACUACCUGAAAAAAAGAUAUCUAGCUCAAACGUGGUGCCUGGAAGUCCACUGUAGGUAGUAAGUAAUAAGCCAGAGGUAAUAUGUUGUCAAGCCAUGGUUUGUUUCUGAACUACUUGAAAAAGAUCUCUCAAGACUCAAACGUGGUGGUUCAGUGUAGGUAGUAUUCUGUAAUAAGCUGCCGUAGUUUGUGUCUCAUGGGCCAGGAAACUGUCGUGUUUAGCCUUUAGGCAUUUAAACCACUGCGUCUUAAUGUAGACUCUUUUUUCAGAAGUCAAUUUUUUUCUUUUUUCACUGAUAGGAAUAGUCGAUGGUAGUAAAGGAACUUCUCGAGCGAAAACUGAACUCACUAGGAAUCCUGAUUUUGUUGGUAUCCUGGACGAUUUAAGAGACCAGAUUGAACCGGAGCAACUCAAUAACAACACGAACGGAUCGAACGUAAAACCGUCGUUUAUUGGUCACCCGAAGUUAGUGAAACUGAAAGAUAUCGUGUUGGAGCAUUUUCGCGCGUGUAAAAACACACCACACGCGGGAAACACGAAGGGGUCGCGCGUGAUGAUAUUCUCCCAAUUUCGUGACAGUGUUCAAGAGAUAACGCGCAUGCUUUCUGCGUAUAAACCACUGGUGAACGUGAUGAGUUUCAUUGGUCAGCAAAGCAAGGGGACUACGUCUAAAGGACUAACACAGAAAGAACAGCUAGAGGUUUGUUAGUUCUAAACUGUUCUUGCUGCGGGCAAGCCCUUAUGGAUUAUUGGUUCAUUGUUGACAAAAGUACUCCUCUCACAUGUGGUUGAGGUGAAAUUAUAAUCAGACAAAUGCAUAUUAUUUGCAUGAAUGGGAGCUUGGUCAGAGAGGAUCUUGCAGUUGAGGACGAGGCGGUUGCAUAAAAACUGAAAACCGUCUGAAAAGAAAAUUUUUAACUUAUGUCAAAAUAUACUGCAGUUAAAUUAAACUUCAUGCUUACAUGUUCAAGACUUUAGUUUUAAAACAAUUGUAUUAGUAGUAUAGUAAUGCCUCAAUAUGUAAGGAUGAGCCACCGUUAUAGAUGUGCUAUUUUCUCAUGUUUCGGUAUUCCUGAUUUUCAAGUAGUUUUUUCCCGAUUUUUUCCCGGUUUUGUGCUAAGAGCAAAAUCGGUUGAAUCGGUUUUCGAAAAAACAUCAAUUUUUCCGGUUUAGCGAUUCGGAUUAACCUCCUCACCCUAGUUGCAGGGAAGCAAAAUAGAGCUCGUAUACAUGCAUAAAAAUAUAGCCGUGAUAUUGUUAUAUGAUAAAACGUAUGGAUAUAACAUAUUAAUAUUUAGUAUCGAAACUAUAGGUAAUACGGCAGUUCAGAAACGGAGGUUAUAACACAUUGGUUGCAACGUGUGUUGGGGAAGAAGGACUGGAUAUUGGUGAGGUUGAUCUCAUUGUUUGUUUUGAUGCGAGCGCUUCUCCUAUACGUCUCGUUCAGAGAAUGGGAAGAACGGGAAGAAAGCGAGAUGGACGAAUUAUUGUGUUGGUUACUGAAGGCAAAGAAGAACAGGUUCGCAAUAUUUGUUUGUGUUUCAUUUCGUUUAUUGAAAAUGACUGUUUAGUUUAGGCUGCAGUAUUAUACAUUUGGGCUCUGCAUUUGGGCACAGAAUAAGAAGGUAUAGCAGAAGCGUCACUCAAGCAAGUAUUUGUCCGCGUUUUUUUUACAAGCGAUUCGUCAUCAAACACGCCAUCCUGGCUAGUACAACCGGCACUUUGUACCUACCAAAACCUGAUAAAAACUUCCGGUUGUAGUAGCCAGUGGCGUGAGCUAGUUAAAAUAUUCGUGGACGUAAAACAAUAAGGGAACCGACUCGAGUGACGCUUCUGCUGUACCUUCUUAUUCUGUGAUUUGGGCAUCUCACUCGAUAGACUGAUUGUUGAAGGGUGCAUAUAAUUUCGAGUGUAAUUUUUAUACAUUUGUUAGACCUAAUCUGGAGCAGUUGUGAGUAAAUUUCCAUGUACCAAUUCAUUCAACAAUCAGUUCAUCGAGUGUAGAUGCCCAAAAUCUUGAUAUUUACCCAAUUACACCUUACAAUGGCAUCACCUUGGUAUUUAUACAUUGUGGUUAGAGCUGGACAACUGGCUUCUGUAGAUCAGUUGAUUAAAGUGCUGCAGUACAGUCUUACCCUGUGUAUCGUAGGUUGCCACAUCGUAUUUUACCACAAAACAUCGAAGCGUUUUUAACCAACCACGACAGUUGUUAAUUCUUCUCUCGUUCGUACCUUAGAUCUACCAACGCAGUCAACGCAACAAAUCAAACAUUCACAAGACAAUUCUAGAAUCUGCGCGAACACUUGACUUGUACAUGGAAAAUCCUCGUAUGAUACCAAAGAAUAUCAAACCUGUUUGUCAAAAGAUGUUCAUCACAGUUGAUGCUAUAUCACCAAAGAAUAAGAGGUAACGGCCAUUGACCUUUUUUUACCCUCCUGAAGUCCCAGAUUGAACCGGAAUUGCAUGGUUGCUCGGAUAUUUGUCUUUCAUAUUUCUCUGUCAAUUGUUACGAUAUUUUCAACUGCCACGCAAACCUUCAGCAAAAAAGUAUUACAGCAAGCAGUCCAGAUAUAUAUGUCAAUAUUGAACAGUCUGUGCCAGUGUACACGGCUAAAAACGCACAGGUUGUUGCAAGUUGAUAUCGACAGGCGUGAACAAUGUUGUUCCAAGUUGUUACAGUUGAACAAUGUUGUCACAACAUGUUAACAAUACUGUUCAUAGUGGGCCGCACAACCUUGUUCACGCCUGUCGAUAUCAACUUGCAACAAGUUGUUGAUUUUCUCAAUUUUUACGCGUGUAGGUAGUGGCAAUAAUAUAUAAGAAAGCUUGGGAUUGAUAGGGAUGCAACAAGGAGAACUUCAACUUUCAAGCGAAGGCCCUUCCGCCUUAAAGGCGGUUUUCCACUAGGCGACAUUUUUCGACCGAAUCGAAAUUUCUCUUUGUGUCAUGAGCUCUCGAGCAGAACUAAUUGUAAAAAGACAAAGAGAAAUUUUGUUUCGGUCGAAAAAUUCCGCCUCGUGGAAUCAGGCCUUAAAGGCGGUUUUCCACGAGGCGAAAUUUUUCGACCGAAUCGAAAUUUCUCUUUGUUUCAUGAGCUCUCGAGCAGAACUAAUUGUAAAAAGACAAAGAGAAAUUUCGUUUCGGUCGAAAAAUUCCGCCUCGUGGAAAACCGCCUUAAAGCCGGUUUUCCACUAGGCGAAAUUUUUCGAUCGAACCGAAAUUUCUAUUGUUCAAAUUCAAAAGAUUUUUGAUUAGUUCCAUCUGAGUGCUUGUAAGACAAAAGAAAAUUUCAUUUCGGUCGAAAAAUUUCGCCUAGUGGAAAACCGCCUUAACUUCCCGACGAAGGAUCUUCGCUCGGAACGUCAAAUUUUUUCUGGUAUUUUUCAGGUAGUUGUAUGAAUCCGAAUUUUUCUUAUAUAUGUCAAUGGCUAGUACUUAUGUUUUUUAAACAUUCUUUUUGCAGAAAAUCUGCCAAGGCUGCAAGAAUAAGUACGGAUGGUAAUAUCAAGAAAUUAUUGACUGCAUGCUCAAGAACAGGUUUUUUGUCUUCACAAGAACUUCGUUACUGGAACGACAACUUUAAGCUCCCGCACCAUGAGGCUGGCUUAACUUCGUCCAAGACAACACCCAUACGCCCGCGAGGUCCACAAGCCACUGGCGAGCGGUAUAUACAAACUGAGCUUGCGUUAUCGCUAACAGAGUGGACAGCAUGGCAAACCCCUCUACAGCAAGUUCAUUUCGUCAACCACUCGAAGCGUUCUCGACUUUUCGCGGAAAUUUUGGAUUUCUGUGAUUUUCGUCGUGAUUGCGGUGACGAUGAUGAUAGUUAUGAUCUAGAGAUGCAGUCGUUCUUAAACCGCGAGGAUAUUAUGGAGCCUGGGGAGAUGGAAGAUGCGGCGUGUGUUCUUGAAAAUGCUGACAAGAAAAAGACUAAAGCUCAAGGUGGAAGGAAAGGGGACGAUGUUGUUGUUGUUAAUGAUAGCGAAGAUGAUGGAGAAGAUGGCAGCGACAACAUGAUGGAAAAGAAGGAUAACGACAAGACUAGCAAGAAAGAUUGCAGCAGAAAGGGAAAAUCUACAGAUUUUAGUUUAGAUUCUGACGAUGAUGGUCAUGAUGAUAUUACUAGGAAAAAGAAUGGCAGAAAUAACACCAACAGGGCAAGAGAAGGGAGCAGUAACAUGGCUGGGAAAAGUAACGAGUCCAGUCGUAAGAGAAAAUCUACGGAUUUUGGUUCCGAUGUUGAUGAUGAUUUUGAAGAUGUGUUAGUGAAUGCGCCAGAGAAAACGACAAAAGUUGAUCAAAAUCAACCUCACUGUGAUCCCUUCUUGGGAAGAAAACCUGAAAAGAUUUCUCCAGCAAAGAAGCAAUUGGAACCCAGUCACUCGCUAGCAAAGAAGCAGUCGGAAUCUAGUAACUUCUUUAGAAAGAAUCCAUCAAAAUGUGGUCACACACUGACCAACAACCAAUUAGAAUCUAUUCGUUCACUUAAAAAGAAUCAAUCAGAGUCUAACCUCCGCAUAAAGAACCAAUCAAAAUGUGUCACAACAGAGAAAAAUGCAUCAGACGAACCAGAAACCGCUCCAUGUUUUAUAGAAAAUCAUUCAGAAUUUUCCCAGGAAAGGAAUGACAACGUUCUUGGUUCUGAUAACGAUCUCUCGGAUUUAUUGGAUAUCCCGAGUUCUCAACGACAACGUAAGAUCCCACGAGGUCAGAAACCGAAGGGUCUGAAACCCGAUGGUGUGGUUUCUGAGAUUCUUCCUGAUGCCCCAUCAUUGGAUACCUUGUUAGAUCUCAGUGCGUCGAAUGCAGGGGAGGGUCAAAAAGACCACAGCGAUUUUCAAGAAGGGGAAUCUGAUAAUGAUUUCUUUCCAACCAUGUUCACCGAAACGCCCAGAUCAAGUAAAGGUAAAAUAUAUAACAACAUCAGUAAGCAUAUUGUACAGUCUAAUCAAAUUGUAUUGGGUAAGCGGAAAUCGUUUGGUGAAAUCAGUGAUAAGGAAUGUGACAUAUUUGGCAUAAAGAAGGGAGACAUUUCAGCGAAACUAUCUACUUCUAAGAAAUUGGAGAACAUGGGAAAACAAGAAGUGUUUGAGAAGCCAAAUAACUCUAUCAGUGUUGAUAAGAGCAUGUUUAGAAGAACAAGUGGUGGAUCUGUGAAGGUGGAUGGAUUACAAGAGAGGGAGUCUUUGGGAAACGCUUUAGUACGAAACAGGAAUGUUGAAGCCGCGGACAAAGUGACAGGUGGAGAUGACGCUGCCAGAAUAGCCAGCUUUAACGAAAGGACUUUUGAAAAGGAAAUGUUUGAACUUGAAGAUAAAAUUCAAGAUGGAGGUUUAGAACACAGGACGGAAAGAGAUCACUUGGAUAAAGAAGGGUCACCAGUGUUUGGAUCGGGAUUGGUGUGCGACACUGGUUCAAGAAAGAAUGAUGACGUUGAUUUUGAUUUCAGUCAAGAGCUUGCCAACUCGUUCUUUGAAGAUGGUGAUAAUGAGAUAUGCCGUGCUCUUUGUGAUAUUCAGAGUCCAUGUCUAUUUGAUGAUGGAUUUGAAAGUAAUACAGAGCAACCUUCGAAACUGCAAGGCGCAAUUAAACGUUUUUCUCAUGGGAACUUGAAUUCAGAAGUUCAGAAUAUCGAUACAAAGAAAAGCAAUUUUCAGACACCAAAUUUGUUUGAUGUUGAUGUGUUAGAAAAUAUGAGUGAAAAUGAUUAUACCGAAAAGAUUUCAAAGCCACAGCGUGCAAAUCAACAUUCCUCACCUAAAAAUGAAAAUAUUGAUACAAAAAAACACAAUGUUCAAACUCCAAGAUUAUUUGAUGAUGAAGAAGUUGAAAAUAAAGACAGCGAGAAACGGACUAUGGAGCUACACAAUAGAGGCAAACGGCUUACCCCUCGGAGUUUGUAUUUGGAAGGUGAUGAUUUAAGUGCUAAGAAGGAAGAUUGUGGUAAAAAUAUUGUUGAAAAGCUAAGAAAACCUUUACUUGAGAAUAACACGGACUCUAAAAUAACGAAUGAAUCAAUAAAAUUCAAGUCUCGGGUGAACGAAAGUUCUUUGAGUAGAAUUCGUUCUUUUUCCUUCACCAAACCAGAUAUCGACCAAUCGAAGUCUCUAAAAGAUAUGACCUCAGACUCACGCGACGAACAUAUCCACAUUCCUGGUGAAUACGCUCAUGACGUAGUAGCUCCAACUCCUUAUCGUGUGAAGCGCCGCACCUCGUGCUUUGGGAAAGUUGACAAGACACGAAGUUUUAGAGGGGAAUCAUUUUCUAUGAAAAGUGUCUGUAGUGAGAAGGGUGAAAGUAAUGAGAUAAAAACAUGUCAGAAUAGAAGAAGUAUGUUGAAACUAAAGUCUAAAGAAAUGAAAGAAAAUCUCAAAUCAAGUCAAGGUGUUCUGGUCGAUGCCGAGACGUUAACAAGUUCUUUGUUUGGUGGAGCAGCGAACAAGGAAAAGGCAACUACACGAACGGAUCGAACCUUGGAAGCGAUCCCUUCACUCAGUCAAAACAGGAAGAACAACUUUACCAUUAACGUUUGUCCAAAAUUGGUUGAAGGCAUAGAAAGUUCCAGUAAUGAAACGAAAAGCGAUAAACCCCUAACUCCCCUUGCCAAGUUAUCAGUGAAAAAAAAUUCUUUAUCUGCCAAAAAUGCGAACAAAGCCGACUUCAUCCAGCCACAGGUAGCAGAGCCGUUCUACACAAGCGUGGGUAGUUCUUUUCAACAUGGACUUACAGAUGAAGAAAUAGACAUUGUUUGCUUAACUGCGUCAACCAAAUCAAACUCUUCAUUUCCAUGCAAAGAGAGAAACAGUGUUUGCUUGCAAGAUGAGCACGGUAACAAAGAGCAUGUAGAUAAUGAUGAAAUAUUGAAAGAAAAAUCCAUAUUUAAAAGUCCCCCUCAGGCUGAUAGAAAAUCAGUGAGCGGAUUUAUAACUUGUGGUUCAAAUAAGAACGUUUCUGGAGCUGAAUGUGAGGAAGACCUGCGUGAAUCUGUAGAGGACUCGCCACUUGUGACUAAAGGAAAGAUGAGAUCAAAUAAUAAAGUGCUUGAGAGUGAUGAGGAAUAUGGAGAUGAAUCAAGUGACAACAAUGGUGAAUAUGGAGAAGAAAGACAAGUAACGAAUGAACUUGAAGCUGAUUUUCAAGACGAAGCGAGCGUGGUUUUUACUAGGGAAGUUCAAGAGAUCUCUGACAGCGAUGAUCAGUUUGACCAGCCAAGGAAAGGUAAAAUGGCUUCUAGACAUCACCUUUAAUGAAUUUAAAGUAAAAAACAAAUUCCGAAAAUACAGGACAUCUUGAGAAUUCAAUAUAUAAUUCAAAACAAGACGCAGUUUGAGACUGUAAAUUUUCGACUUUAUUUCAAAGUCAUCUUCAGACAGAAUGAAGAUGACUUUGAAAUAAAGUCGAAAAUUUACAGUCUCAAACUGCGUCUUGUUUUGAAUUAAUGAAUUUAAAUAAUACGCGAAAAUUGUCGUCUGGUGUCAUCACUAACUAAUAACAGUUAUCACACAAAUAUCGAGCAGACCCUAGUGGUAGGUGACAGGGAGGGACUGUGUGUAUAUCAAUUUCUGUUUAGCAUUCUUGACAUCCUUCACUCGGGCUUCAAUAUACUUUUAAAUCUCGACAUUAUUUUUUUUUAGUCAAGCGAAAGAGAAAGUUGCCCGUUCAUGGACAGUCGAAAGAAAAUAAACCUAAGGUAUACCGAAGCGAGAGCUUGCAUGAGAGUUUUCUUAACUCUCGUUGCCCGGUAAAACGAGAACAAGAGUUGCAUGCAUGAGAGUUGACCGGAUAUUACCACGUGCGUAGCGAAAAAUUGCACCCAAACUUGAACCAAAACUUGUUCAGAGUUGAUGAGAGUUGAUAAGAGUGCAUGAGAGUCGAUGAGGGUUGGCGCCGGUAAAACGCAAGCGAGAGUUGCACUCUCGUCAGCUCUCAUUCUCGUUUGAUCUGGUCUGUAGUGAAACUCAUUUACCAACACAAAUAUAUUUAACUCCCAACCAUUCUUUAGAAAAGACGUCCUCUGCUCGAUGAUUUCCUGGACGACGAAGCGGAAGUGUCGGAGGACGAGAUGAAUGACACCCAUGGUUCGUCAAAUGACGAGGAUGGCCUUGAAGAAAUGGAGGAUAGCUUUAUUGAUGACCGUAGUCAGUUGACACAGCGAAGUCCUCUCACUGCUAUGAAACACAAGAGGAAGGAUAAGUCUGCGAACAUGAUGGAUAUAUACAGAACAUCCCUUCUUACCCCACAUCGUCAACAACUGCGGUUUCAAACACCCACGUUUCAUCGCUAUAAAAACAGGUAAAUGGAGAGAAUGAAGUAAUGUACUCUUAACUCAACUUACGUAGAGGUCUAGUACAUGAUAUGACUUAUUGCUCCAGCAUUACUGCCCAAGUGAGGAAACAAAUUUAAACUAACUUUAUUUAUACUGGACAGCUCUAUCAAUUCUAAACUGUUUUCUCUAGAGGUUCACAGUGCGGGUCAUCCCUUAUUGAUUCAAUACUGAUUACUACUGAAGGAAAACUAAACAAGUUCAACUAACUUUUACUGGACCUCUAAACCUCAGAAUAGAACCUUUGUCUCUAUUCUGUGUCUAAACUGUCCCCGUAGUGGUUCAGAAAGAUACGUCACUUAUUACUGUAGUGUUCCUACAGGAAGCACUUGAAAGAAAUACAUAUACUAAGUUUUAUAUUUUGCAUGCUUUUAGGUACAAGUUGGUCUACGAUAAAAAUCCUCCUGCUCGAAAUACAUUCACCUCACCAACAGAUGACGACAACCAUUACGACGUUUCCAUGGAAACUGAGGAAUCUGACGAAGACACGAUGGUUGAGGAGCGGGACGUAGCUGAUCCUCCCUCCGUUUCCCCGGAGGAAAGUCAAAUAGUUUUACGAAAAAACCGUCGUGGGAAGAAGCGUGUUUUGGCGGAAAGUUUUUUCAAUAGUCCCGAAGCGCCCGAUUCCGAGCAUCAAACGAAGCUUUGCGAACCUCAAACGAAGCUUUGCGAACCUCAAACGAAGCUUUGCGAACGUGAAACGAAGCUUUCCGAGCAAAACAAAUCUCUUGGUCCCACGCAAGGUGUGUGUGUAAAAGCGAAAGAUACUAAAAACAUCUCCGCGAUUUAUUCCAAGAAAUCCUGUAGCAUAGCCGCGGACAACGCAAUAUUCAAACGUCCUGGUGCGAUAUUCAAAUGUCCUGGAAACACCGCGCCAGUAAGUGGGAACAGGCGACUUAAUGGGACUACAGAGUUUUCAAAUGGAUAUGCAGGAGACAACGAGAACAUUGAUGAUAUUCUUGCAGUCUUGAACGACUGUGAUGAUGAGUCACUUAUGAUGGAAAUGAAUGCUUUGCCAAGUUUGGCGUCCGCUCUUGAGGAUAGCGCCUUAGGAAAGAUCGGGGAUACGGAAAAUACAUCAGCAAUACCAUUAAGGACCUUUUCAAGGAAAACAGCAGAUUAUUCUUCAAAUAACUCGUAUCGUGCGACAAUAAAUACUGAUGUCAGGAAACCCGAAAGAACAUGUGGGAACACCAGAGGUGGGAAUACAAACACGAAUUAUGACAGAAACAAUGAAACUUCGAGUUUGUCUAAGAAACCAAACUUAUCUGGAAGCUUACAACAUAAUUCAAAUAAUAGGCAACUUUUUGGAACUCGGAGUCCUGCAAGCAGUUCUAGCUUUAAUUCAAAUACGUUGGACCGUCAACAAAAAUCUAGGAAUGACAGCAAUGACCAACAUAGGAAUUUAAAAUGUAAUGAAACGGAAAUGUCGAAAGCAAAGAAUGGAGAUUGUGUUGAGAAGCGCUCAGUGACUGAAUCCAAUCCGAGCAACGUGCAACAAAAAUCAAGGAUUGGUUUAAGUUCUGGCCAGAAAUUUCAUUCUGGUUCUAAGACAUUGAACAACAUUGAUGGAGGGGUUAGGACUAAUGUGAAACAAAAUUUAAACAGCAACAACUAUACGAGGUUUGGUGAUUCUGUGAAAUUAAAUGAUUAUUAUGAAAUUAAAUGUAAGCCAAAUGAAACCCUUUCCGCGUCGAGGACUGCUAACAAGCAAAAAGACAUCUCACCAGUAUUCCCGCCAUUAUCGACGAUCACGUCAGCAAAAGAUAAGACGUCUUAUGUGCAUGUUCUUCCAGAGAAGACCACUGGUCAAGUUUCCUCUUUUGAGCAAACUAAAUUGGAUACAUCGAAAGCUGAAACGGAAAUCUCCGUGAAUCCUGCCAAGGUUGACAGUCCUGCCUUAACAGUACGUGAAUAUUUCUUUUUGUAAGAACUCUUUCAUCUACGUUCGUUUUCCUCUUAUGUCAUUAUGGGAUAUUAAUUGUGAAAGAUACUAAAAACGCAUGUGACUGACUGGAAUUCGGUUCCGGCAAUAUGCAGUUGUCUGAUUAUAAUUCCACCUCUGCUCUGUCACAUCCGGAAAGUGCUGUCAGUUUGAUUGUACCAAACAUCCCAGGCUUUCGCCUACUAAAAUUCAAACUUAAAGUUAUGGUCCUUACUGGAUCUUGGGGAGAACAGUUUAGAACUGAUGGAGCUAUCCUGUACAAAUAAUAAGAUAUUUUAAUUUAGUUUAGGUUUCAUCCUAUGGUGAUAUUGGAUCAAUAAAGGCCAUUGCCCUGACUGGACCUCUAGGGAGAGUCCAGUAUAAAUAAAGUUAGUUUACAUUGGCGACUUUGGUUUUGGUUUUGUCUCUUUACAUUUAGGCUGCACAACGUGAUAAGAACAAGUUAACAAUUUUGGUUGGUUCAAAAGAAGUUUCCAACUGCCAGGUUUGUUUAUUUUACUCCUUGUGAGAGUGGAGGCCUACUUUUAAAUCAAAUUUAGUUUCGUAUUACAUCAACGUAAAUCAUUGUCUCCGAUGUCUUUAUAGAUUGUGUCGUUCUUACGUCGGAAGCACAAUAUUAAAACUGUGGUAUCCCAAAUCACUGGAUGUGACUACAUUGUCAGCACUCGCAUGGCUGUCGAGCGAAAAUUCGUAUCAGGUUGGUCAGAUUGCAAAUUAGUAUGGGGUUUCGGUGGCGAAGUGGUUAGCGCACUUGCCUUACCUCUAAGGUUGCAAGUUCAAAUCCUAGUGAGAAUUUCUCAAAGUGACUCGAACCCAGUCCUCAUGCGGAAAGAAUAAAAGUCAACGCUCUGCCGAACGUCGUGGGUUUUCUCCGGUUACUUCGUGUUUCCUCCCACAGGGAAAGUUGACAGGGUGGGUUAAACUCAUAGGUUAGGGGGCAGAUCAUUAAUGAGGUAUGGACUAAUAGCGGCUGCUUAAAGUGCCUAUGCGACAAUUUUUUUUAUGAUUGAAUUGCAAAGUUCAUUUAAAAUUAUAAUAUAACUUGUUUUUUAAAACUUUGUAAUCUUUCCUAUUUGUCAAGAUUUUCGACUUUGUUUGAUAUACAAAUGUGACUUAAAUGACGUCACACUGCAUAAUGCUUUUACAGAAGACUGUGUUGUAGCUUGUUAAAAUUCUCAUUAUCUCAAAUUUACAGAUGAAAUGAUCGCUUUGAUAGCUCUUAAAGUAUAUCACUUUCAAUGUCAGUGGAAUUAUUACAUGUUUGGCAAGGAAACAUUUUCUUUCUAAAAACUCAUUAUGCAGUGUGACGUCAUUCAAGUCACAUUUGUAUAUCAAACAAAGUCGAAAAUCUUGACAUACAGGAGAGAAUACAAAGUUUUAGAAAACAAGUUAUAUUAUGAUUUUACAUGAACUUUGCAAUUCAUUCAUAAAAAAAAUUGUCGCAUAGGCACUUUAAAGCGCCAUUUGUAAGCUCACAGUCUAUCUCGGCCCAGAAUAAAUCACACAGAAGGCCGACUUGGUUUUUCCUAUGAUUUUCCAAUGAUUUUAGCGUAAGCGUAAUUCGUUCUCAAAAUGCUGACGCCAUGGUCCUAGCCAGUGCGCGUUACAGAGGCAUUCACCCUUCUGAUAAUAUUCAAAAUGGCAGACGUCCAGGCGGGGGGGGGGGAUGCCUCUCAAACGCGCACUGGCUAGGACCAUGGCGUCAGCAUUUUGAUCAUGGCGUGGCAGCGGUUACUCGAGUCGACCUUCUGUAUGCCUUAUUCUGUGACCUCGGUCUGCUUCACGCCAGCUCCGGUUCUAACGCAACCAGUCACUGAAAACCCCUGAUAGGGAGUGUGCUGUGCAAUAUCUGCAUCUGUAUAAUAUCUAAAUUAACCUAAGUGUUAACCUACCUAGUGAAAUCCACUUAGCAGAUGGGUGGUUACUCGAAUGGGUGGUUACUCAUCAAAUCUCUAUUUUGUUAAUCUAGGGCUUGUGAAAUGUCCCCCGUGAAAUGUCCCCCGUGACUGCCAACCCUCAUCAACUCUCAUCCUCGUUUAUCGGGGCUUAGACUUUAUGCAAACGUCACUAUAGUGUCCAUUGAUUAUAAUCUUUAAUUCUUUUCAAUUUUUCCAGAUAUCUCCAACCAAUCAAACUACAACAAACUGAUCGCGAGAAUUCGAGAAUUGUGUGAUCUUUAUGAUCGCCCUUGUGUUGUGAUUGAAGGAGAUCGAGUAAAGAAUGGCGAAACUCGAGUUAAAUGCGAGUGAGUUUGUCUCUUCGAUUCGUUUGGUGAAUUAUAUACUCUCUGGGUUUGAUUCUGUACAUUAUACUUAUUUUAGAGUUCGCAGUAAAUAUUUUGAUCGAAUUCUUGCUUGUUUGGCUCAAACGCACAUCAAGGUGCUGUUCAGCGAUGGCCAAGGUAUAAAAUGUUUUGAGCAGGUGUGGUACACGUAGUUUUACCAUGGUUGUUAUAAGACCUGGUUAGGAAACACGGCAAACUUCAAAGAAAUUACGCUAUAAACAAACAUGGAGGUUGAACAGUCUGUUUGACCCUGCACAUAUUGGUUUUAAUCAAUGAGAAUUGACGAAACGAUGUAACACAAACAUUCUCCAUCGAAAAAUGGUAGUAAUACUUCAUUAUUGGCAAAAUAUGCGGUAAGAUAUAGCCCCGGUAGGCAAAACAAAUAUUUGGUACCCAUUCCCUUCGCCAAGCUUUCUGAACUGACUAUUGUCAAACAAUAGAAAGACAAAGAAUUUUUUAACCGUGACCCUGCACAAGGCACAAUCACCUAAAACAAAGGGGUUUCCAAACCAUGUCAUAUAUAUUAACUAUGGUUUUACGAACAAUGAAAAUGUUCUCACGUGAAACUUAGGCCCCGUUUACACGAGAGCGGAACCAUUAUGUUUACAUGAAACCGGGACGAAUCACGAAAAUAACUCUCAAGUCAAGCCGCUCUCAAGUCAUUCCGCCUGCUGUACCGACUGACUUCAGGCCGGCAUGAAUUCAGACCGGGAUGAAUGUAAACACAAAUACAUUUCAGACCGGUCUCGGCUGUAACCUUGACAUUGGAACAACACAUGGUAACAAAAGCAAUCUAAAAGAGAAAAUUGUUUGGCAAGGGGAAUAAAUUGAAAAUUUUGCGAUUUUCGUACCGGUCUCAUGUAAACAUGUUGACAAUUUCAAUUUUCAUUCCGCUUUGUCUUUGUCCUGGUCUCAUGUAAACGAGGCCUAAGCAGCAAUACUCAUUGUUUAACACCGAGUCAUUUCACUCAAACAUUUUUUGCAAAUCCUUCAACAGAAAUUUUGAUAGUGUCAACCAGGCCUAAAGCAAUACUAACAGUGAUUUGAACCAUAUUUACAGAAAGCACGUCGGACAUUCUGGCUUUGUUAGCUCAAGCUGAAGAGAAGAAAAAUCGUGCGAUUAUUUAUCCGUUACCUUUGAGUAAAGAUAAGGAACAGGUAUUUCUAUUGCCACUCAACAUCGUGUCCAUUUAACUGAGGAUAAAUGAUCAAAUUUAAUCUACUUUUAUAUUGUAGAUUGUGAAGUUCCUAAGUUCAAUCCCACGUACAAGUUACAUCACGGCAAUCAGUCUUUGUUAUCAUAAUAAGACUUUACAAGAGAUUAUUAACAGGCAAGAAAUUUUAUGCACUUUCAUUCUCACUGGUGUGCCUUAUUUUCUGUUUACUAGGCCCAAAAAUACCUGGGCCAAGUUGCUCCAACAACUUGUUAUCGUCCUGCAAUUCAACAACUUGAUAACAAGUUUUGAGUGACAACCUUGUAGCAACUUCAUAAAAUAACAGCAUUGUUACAACUUGUUGACAAGCUUGCCACAAGCCUGUUGCGAACACAUCUUGUUGACAAGUUGUGAGUGACAACACUGUAGCAAGUUGAUAAAAUAAGAGCAUUGUUACAACUUGUUGACAAGCUUGUUACAAGCCUGUUGCGAACACAUCUUGUUGACAAAUUGUGAGUGACAACCUUGUAGCAACUUGAUAAAAUAAGAGCAUUGUUACAACUUGUUGACAAGCUUGCCACAAGCCUGUUGCGAACACAUCUUGUUGACAAAUUGUGAGUGACAACUUUGUUGCAACUUGAUAAAAUAAGAGCAUUGUUACAACUUGUUGACAAGCUUGCCACAAGCCUGUUGCGAACACAUCUUGUUGACAAGUUGUGAGUGACAACCUUGUAGCAACUUGAUAAAAUAAGAGCAUUGUUACAACUUGUUGACAAGCUUGUUACUAGCCUGUCGCGAACACAUCUUGUUCACAAGUUGUGAGAUUUUUUCUAGUUGGUUGUUGCAAUGGGUGGAAAAGAGCCUUAUUUAAUAAUAAGCUUUCUAUUGCGAACAUAAUAUUGUUGACAAUAUGCGAGAUUUUUAAGCUCAUUAUAUGUUUUAUUAAUUCCUUUAACAGUUCUGCUGAAGAGUUGGUCAAAAGAGUAAAAACUCUGUCCGUAAAACGUGCCAACGAUAUCCUUAAGUUCUUACAACAUGGAUUCUCCGCAGACAUGGUCAACUCUGGUAACACGUGA